GUCACCUCCACCCUCACCACAUUUGGCCCUGGUAUAACUGUCGCACUUCUAGCCCAAAGUGCACAAGCAAUCUUCUCAACUUACACAAACGACCACAAUCAUCAUGGCUCCUCCCAUUCAUGUCAAAGAACCACAAACUCGACCGGAGACGUGUUCUCUUGAGAUAAUCGUCAUCGGUGCCGGUCUUGCCGGACUAGGCACCGCCAUUGCCUGCGCUCUUGCUGGACACAAGGUACACAUCCUUGAAGCGACCUCAUCGAUCCGAGAAGUUGGUGCUGGCAUUCAAGUUCUGCCCAACAGCUCCCGAGUGCUCACACACUGGGGACUUCUUCCCCGUCUCACCCCGCACAUGACCUCUCCCCGCGUCUGCAACUUCCUCCACUGGAAAGGCGAGAUCAUCAGCAGCCUAGACUUCCACGCCUCCGAAUCGCAGUAUCCCGGAACGUGGUAUCGUGAUUUCCACCGCGCAGAUCUCCAGCGAUGUUUGUUGGAGAGAGCGGAGGAACUUGGGGUGAAAGUCACUUGCAGAGCGAGGGUCGUGGAUGUUGUGCCGGAGGUUGUUUCUAGCAGUACGCCAGAUGGCUGGGGCAAUACUGCCACUGUUAUUGCAGCGGACGGACGAGAAUGGAUCGGGGAUUUGGUAAUCAGCGCCGAUGGGGUAUUUGGGACCCUGAGUGAGAGAAUGCUGCAGCGCCAUGACCCGCCCGUUAAGACAGGGGAUCUUGCGUAUCGCUUGCUACUGGAUACGGAGAAGAUGCUGCAGGAUGAAGAGCUGAGGGACUUUGUUGUCAAUCCCCAGGUGAACUAUUGGUUAGGACCGGGGAAACAUGCAGUCAACUACGUCCUCCGCCAAGGCGAACUGUUCAACAUGGUCCUCCUCGUACCGGAUGAUAUCCCCGAGGAAUCGCUGGCCACUACGGUCGAAGGAAACGUGGAGGAAAUGUGUGGUUUGUUCGAAGGGUGGGAUCCGAGGAUCCAAAAACUCCUCAAACUGUGCCAAUCAGUCCAGAAGUGGCGUCUGUGUAUUCGAUUUGGCGACUGCGACUGGGCCCAUCCUUCAGGUUCGUGGAUUAUGCUUGGGGAUGCAGUGCAUGCAACACUGCCUUACCUUGCGUCAGGAGCCGGAAUGGCAUUCGAAGACGGUGCUGUCCUUGGAGAGUGUCUCUCGCGCCUACCGUCUGAUCCUUCGAUCGAUAAGACCUCACCCGCAUUCCUAGAAGCGAAACGCCAUGCGUUGGCUGUGUUUGAGAGAUGUCGAAAACAGAGAACGAAGAUGGUGGUGGAAAGGGGAAACGUACAACAGUAUCUAUAUCACUUGGACGAUGGGCCGGAGCAGGAGGAACGCGACCGCAAGAUGCGGAUGGUGCCCACUCCGGAGGGUGAGGCUUUGGCAUGGAGAGACCCCGGCUUGGCCCCGAAGCUGCUGGGCUAUGAUCAUAUUGCAGAUGUGGAUCGGAAUUGGAGUUUUGGCGAGAAAGAUACGGAGGUCCGUGAAGCAAGGCUUUGAGUAUAGGUCACACUCAC